AUGAAGUUUUCCCCGGUCUUCAUCGCCUUCCUGGGCGCUCUGGUUACUCAGAUCGACGAAACACGCGCCUUCGACGUCCCCAACUGGUGGGGUUGGGGACCGGAAGACUACCAGAAAGUCUUCUACGGCGACCGCGUGGAGAACUGCCGUCGAUACAUGCCUCCCCACGUCAGGCGAGCUCUUUGCACGCCUGAAGCUCUUGCGCAAUAG